UGGACCAGUUGAAGCGGAUUCUACAGCCACCAGCUCCACUUUCCAACGCACCACCAGCACCGAGCACUUCCGCCUCCACAGUUUCUUCUUCGGCCCUUCCUUCCAGUCCCAUGGCCCGACCAGCGCCCUACUCAGGCGGAGCGGGGGAGUGCAAUGGUUUUCUGUUACAAUGUUCCCUCAUAUUCGAAAUGCAACCUUCUCUAUAUCCCACAGAUAAGUCGAAGAUCGCCUACAUCGUAUCUCUACUCUCUGGACCUGCACUUAAAUGGGCUGAGACGAUCUGGAACCAAGCCGGGCCGGUCAUGAAUUCCAUCACUACCUUCACGGAGUAUUUCAAAGAGGUGUGGCCGUCAGCCUCUCUUCUGGAUAUCAUCCCCAAACCAACGGGCAGACAGAGAGGAAGAUUCAGGAGGUGGGACGGUUCCUGAGGACCUUCUGCAGUGGUCACCAGAACUCCUGGAGCCAGUAUUUGGGCUGGGCAGAAUAUGCCCAAAAUUCACUGCGGCAACCCUCCACCGGACUCACGCCAUUCCAGUGCGUCCUGGGCUUCCAACCACCGCUCUUUCCCUGGGAUGGCGAACCAUCUGAUGUCCCCGCAGUGGAUCACUGGUUCCGGGAGAGCGAGAGAGUCUGGGACGAGGCUCAUCAACAUCUGCAGAGGGCAGUCCGUCGAAGCAAGGUAACCGCCGAUAGGAGAAGGUCUGAAGAACCCAGAUACACACCCGGACAAAAGGUGUGGCUAUCCACCCGGGACAUACGCAUGCGACUGCCCUCUCGCAAGUUAAGUCCCCGAUUUGUUGGUCCCUUCACCAUCGUGGAACAGGUUAACCCCGUCACCUACAAACUACAAUUACCCUCUCACUACCGUAUUCACCCUACAUUCCACGUAUCACUCCUGAAACCCUAUCACGAUCCUGUUCUUCCCUCCACAGAGCCUGACCACGAAGAGGAACCCCCUCCUCCACUGCUCCUAGAAGAAGGAGCCGUCUACGCAGUGAAGGAGAUCUUGCGUUCCCGACGUCGUGGUGGCCAGUUGGAGUACCUGGUGGACUGGGAAGGGUACGGCCCCGAAGAAAGGACAUGGGUUCCCAGAGCUGAUAUUCUCGAUCCUAGUCUCAUGGUGGAGUUUCAUGAGAGCCACCCUGAGUUCCCAGCGCCUAGAGGCAGAGGGAGACCACCACGGCGUCGGAGGUGUCGGCCCUCAGGAGCGGGCCCUGGGGAGGGGGGUACUGUCAUGGAUUGGUCAGGCUCUCACGACCCCCACUCACGAAGAUCACCAUCACCUGACUUCUAAUGAGCACACAGCUGCAUCACAUUCACGAGCACCAGAUAAAAGCACAGCACUCCAGUCGCUCAUUGUCCGGGCUCGUCUCGACGAAAGCGGACAACUGAGCGACCACUCAGCGUAGUCAUCCUCAGCUAAAACAAACGAUUUACUUACCUGUUCUCUUUGUAUUCCUCCUAGUCUUCCUGGUCCUCCCGAAUCGUCCUGUCUUCCAGUCCUUCCAAGUCUGUGUCAUCCUCUGUCAGCUGUAUCUGGUGUGUGCUGUCCAUCCUCGUGUAUUCCUGUUACCCAGCCACGGAGGAAAGACCCCAACAUCAUUCCUGAUCCUCCUGGCUAUCCUUCAUGUGCUCCUUGUUGUCAUUUAAUAAACACCCUAACGUUUCCUUACCUCUGUCUCCUGUCCGCUUCAUAA